AUGAUGCAUCAACAACGGCAUUGGGAUUCUUGGGCUUUGUUGAUGAUUGGGGUUUUGUGGUUGUUUUUAUAUAACGAUUUAUGUGAAGCAAAGAUAACGCUACCGGCCAAUGUAACGGUGCCGGCAGUGUUUGCGUUUGGAGACUCCAUAGUUGACCAGGGUAACAACAAUAAUGUAUCCACAUUGGUUAAGUGCAAUUUCCCACCUUAUGGUUCCGACUUCUAUGCCGGAAUUCCCACCGGAAGGUUCAGCAAUGAUCGGACUCCUCCGGAUUUAGUUGCUGAAGAAUUGGGAAUUAAAGAUGCAGUGCCAGCAUACCUAGACCCACACUUAAAACCCGAUGAACUUCCGACGGGCGUAAGUUUUGCUUCAGGCGGUUCCGGUUAUGAUCCUCAGACUCCUCAAUUAGUGUCAGUCGUACCCUUAUCUCAGCAAUUGGAAUAUUUCAAAGAGUACAUAGGCAAGCUGAACGACAUGGUCGGGGAAGAAAAGGCCAAAUUCAUCUUAGCCAACGGUCUAUUCUUAAUUGUCGCCGGUAGCGACGACGUUGCCAACACCUACUUCACCUUUGGCAUCCGCAAAGCUCAGUACGACAUUAAUUCCUACGCUGAUUUCGUAGUCGCUUCCGCUUCCAAUUUCUAUCAGGAAUUGUACAAAUUGGGUGCGAGAAGGCUAGCAGUUUUUGGUGUACCUCCGGUGGGAUGUGUUCCAUUUCAACGAACACUAGCCGGAGGAUCACUAAGAGUUUGUGUGGAGACUUACAACCAAGCGGCACAAUUGGUGAAUGCCAAGCUUUCCCAACAGAUUGAUGCUCUUACAAAAACAUAUCCUGAUGCUAGAAUCAGAUACAUUGACGUAUACACCCCUCUAUACGACAUCAUCAUGAACCCACAAAAAUACGGAUUUGAAGUGGUGGAUAGAGGUUGCUGCGGUACAGGGACGCUGGAGUUGGCAUAUUUGUGCAACAAAUACGCGGAAACAUGUAAGAACCACGACAGUUAUCUGUUUUGGGAUAGUUACCAUCCAACUGAUAAAGGAUACAGUAUCCUUGUUCAAGAGAUCCUCAAAACUUACAUCAACAAUUUCUUCUGA